UGAACCAUAACAAUUUUUUCUCUGUUUUCUCAGCUGUAAAGGACCCUACCGCUGUAGAAAGAGCAAAUUUACUGAACAUGGCUAAAUUGAGUAUCAAAGGACUCAUUGAAUCAGCCUUGAGCUUUGGCCGCACUCUGGAUUCUGACUACCCACCUUUGCAGCAGUUCUUUGUUGUCAUGGAGCACUGCCUGAAGCACGGCCUGAAAGUAAGAAAAUCCUUUCUAAGUUACAAUAAAACCAUCUGGGGUCCUCUGGAACUUGUGGAGAAAUUAUAUCCAGAAGCUGAGGAAAUAGCAGCAAGUGUCAGAGAUUUACCUGGCCUAAAGACRCCGCUGGGCCGUGCCCGGGCCUGGUUACGGUUGGCACUGAUGCAGAAGAAAAUGGCUGAUUACCUUCGCUGUUUAAUCAUUCAGAGAGAUCUCCUCAGUGAGUUUUACGAGUAUCAUGCACUAAUGAUGGAGGAGGAAGGAGCAGUUAUUGUUGGGCUCUUAGUUGGGCUGAAUGUGAUUGAUGCCAACCURUGUGUGAAGGGAGAAGACCUGGAUUCACAAGUCGGUGUGAUUGAUUUCUCUGUGUAUUUGAAGAGUGAUGAUGAYAUUGGGGGUAAAGAAAGAAAUGUACAGAUUGCUGCAAUAUUGGACCAAAAGAAUUAUGUUGARGAACUAAACAGGCAACUAAAUAGCACAGUGAGCAGUCUACAUGCAAGAGUUGACUCACUGGAGAAAUCAAACACUAAACUGAUAGAAGAGUUAGCAAUAGCCAAAAACAAUAUAAUUAAACUUCAGGAAGAAAACCAUCAGCUAAGGAGUGAAAAUACUCUGAUUUUAAUGAAAACACAGCAUCAUCUAGAGGCAACUAAAGUGGAUGUUGAAGCAGAACUUCAGACCUACAAGCACUCCAGGCAGGGCCUGGAUGAGAUGUACAACGAGGCACGCAGGCAGCUCCGGGAGGAGGCACAGCUGCGCCAAGAUAUGGAGAAUGAGCUAGUGGUUCAAGUCAGUAUGAAACAUGAGAUUGAGCUUGCCAUGAAGUUGCUGGAGAAGGAUAUCCAUGAGAAGCAGGACACCCUCAUCGGCCUUCGGCAGCAGCUUGAUGAAGUGAAAGCCAUUAACAUGGAAAUGUAUCAAAAGCUGCAGGUUUCUGAAGAUGCUAUGAAAGAAAAGAAUGAAAUAAUUAGUCGAUUAGAGGAUAAGACCAAUCAAAUUAAUGCAGCCAUGAAGCAAYUAGAACAAAGAUUGCAGCAAGCAGAGAAGGCUCAAAUGGAGGCUGAGGCUGAGGAUGAGAAACUUAAACAGGAAUAUGUGAAUAAAUCUGAAAGCCUGCAGAACGAAUUCUCCCAGAAGGAGAAACAGCUGCUUCAGCUGGAAACAGAUUUGAAGAUCGAAAAAGAGUGGCGGCAAACCCUAGAGGAUGAUCUUCAAAAGGAAAAGGAAACUGUAUCUCAUCUGAGAACAGAGACCCAAGAAAUAGUUAAUCUUAAGAAAGAGUUCCUUAAACUUCAGAAGAAGAACAAGCAACUGAAAAGCGUCUGUGAAGACCAAGAAGCUGCUCUCCAAGAACUGGCAUCCAAGCUGAGCGAAUCGAAGCUGAAAAUAGAAGAUAUAAAAGAAGCGAACAAAGCACUGCAGGGCCAGGUUUGGUUGAAGGACAAAGAGGCCACUCAUUGCAAGCUGUGUGAAAAGGAAUUUUCCCUUUCCAAAAGGAAGCAUCACUGUAGGAACUGUGGGGAGAUCUUCUGCAAUGCCUGUUCUGACAAUGAACUGCCUCUGCCCUCUUCACCAAAGCCUGUCCGGGUCUGUGACUCCUGCCAUGCAAUACUCAUACAGAGGUGCUCUUCUAAUGUGCCAUAAGGUGUUUAUUAAUUCUGGUAUUUAGCUCAUCCUGUAAAAAACMCAACACCAACUAAAGUAUGUACAGCAGUAUUUCCAGACUUUCAGGUAAGCAGUGUAGAGUUGCAAUUUUGAGGUGUGGACGAGUUACUUCUCUGCUUCGUCUUGAAACAAAUGGAGAAAAUGACACUCAAAUGUAGAAAAUGCACAUAGAAAAAGAAGAAAACAGGUGAGAAUGUUGGUCUGCAAAUGGCUCAGCAGCUCUUUUGGGAGGAAGCAGGGCAGUUUAUACAGGAGACUCAGUGUUAAUUCGUAUUGGAUGAGUAUUUGAGUUGUUAAGGUGAUCUGGAGAAAGGUGAUACUCUUAAUGUGCCACAAGCCCAACCUAAUUCUGAGUAUGCCUGUGAUGGGCUGCUGUGAAGCAAAACCAGGCAGUUUUAAACCAGCUGGUUUUAAAUUGCACUGGAAACAAGCUUGGCAAUUAAUGCAGUGGUCUGAGAAGUUAUUGCCAAAUACCAUGUGUUUGUUUACUUCCUCAUUAUCAGGGUUGGAUACAUCCAAGAAUGUUGUAUGGGCAGCUCUGUUCUGUGCACAAGUGUAAGGGGCGACUCUGUCAGACAGAACAAACCGUGCCUCAGGGCACUUGCUGAAGGAAGGAGUGUUUUGCUGAAUGAUUUUUUCAAAUGAACUAUGAAUUUGAUAUAUGUGUUUCCAUUAAAAGAGAGCUGUUCACCACAGAGCUCUUGGCUGACAUUGUCUGUAACCUUGAACAAGUCUCUGCAUURUUUUCAUGCAAGUCAUGCUGUCAGGCUUGUGUAGUCACUGCAUAGCUCUAGAAACCACCUGGACAGACUGGGAUWAAACACUGGGGACCACAUCCUUUCUGUGUUGGACAGGAAGGCACUUCCUUAUUUUGUCUCCAUCUCUGUCAAACCUUCAGAGUUGGUUUCUAAACUUCAUUUUGUUGAAGAGCCCUUUUGAAUCUAACCACUCUUGACACUGAUGGUAACUUUUGCUGGAAUGUAAAAUCCUUGCUCUUUCCAYAGGCAAUUAAAAAUAAUAUCCUUUGAUGAACUGCCCUCAUUUCCACAUCAGUGCACUGUACCCUCUUCCCUUUAGUCACUCCUGGGAUGRACUCCAGCCCUGGAACCCCCCUGCUCCAGAUUUAUCAGCCCCACAAUUCCUUCAGCCGUGGGCUUGGAGUAGCAUUACUGACAGCAAAAGGGGGAGGCUUACUAACAGGUCUUUGAGUUGUCCUUGMACUUCAUUUAGCUUGGCUUUGUCACUGAGGAUAGGGAUUUAGUGAAUAUCUUAAAAGCUAACACACCUAUUCUUUUUAACACUUCAAUGUAGUUGCUUAUGUAGCUUUUGUAAAGAAAAAUGUUUUUAAAAUGACCUGAUGUAAUAACUUUUUGUAAAAUAUCACACAAAUACUUGUAAAUCUGUAAAUAAUUUUUGGAAAAAAAAAAUAAAUACAAGUGAUCUCCAACUUAACUAAGGGAAUAAUGUCACUUUWUUAAAAUUUGUAAUUCAGUGUAUUGUAUUUUAUUAUGACUUGUUCAAGUUGCUUGGAAAGCGUUUGCUGAUGCUGGGGAGGGAGGUACCCUGCUAAAGACAAGCARGUGCUGCUCAUGUGCCUCCUGAGAGUGUUUUCUGGUGGGCUUUACAUGGAYCAGGAUUGGAGGCAGCAGGGUUUGAUGUAGGAUAAAGCUAAUCUGUACUGCUUUAGUAAGUAACUUGACAAAAAGUAUGCAGCUAAACAAAAAUAAUUUUAAAUAGGCAAUCUUUUCAAGUAAGAAUAUAGUGCAUUUCCAUAAUGUGCAAUGAAUUCUGUUACUUAACUGCCAUCUUUUCCUCCCCUCUCUGCUGCCCUAUGUGCAUGGGAAAAGUGUUUAAUUCAGAUUGCUAUUACUGACUCCAGGUAAGACUUCUGCCUUGAUCAAAACGAGUGCUGGAUGUUCCAUGUGGUUUCAUUUCCCCUGGCAUCAAACUACUCACUAGCCUGUUUUGAAGGUUUUGGGGCAUCACUGUGACCAGUGCUGUAUCUUGAUCUUUCUGUAAAACCCUGCUCUUGAUUCGAAAUCGUUCUCACAGAGCACAGGAAGAGCUGUGGGGUACCCACGAGAACCUGGAACUGUUCAGCAGCAGUUUGUUCCACUAAGGAAAUGAAACAACUUCUGCCUGCUUGCUCUGGGGGCGUUAGCAAGUACCCGGAGCCGAUCCGCAGCUCCUCCUGCUCCUCCCCGCCCCCCGCCCCACAAAGGGAGGGUUAACAGCGGCUUUGCUCCGCCUGCCCGGGAGCGAACGGAACGCCCGGCACUCCGGGCGGCCC